CGUUUGUACAGGACAUGAUUACAAUCAUGUUAUUGGUGUGGUUGUGGAGGGGGCGUGUUCGUUAUGCAAGGGCGCUUCUGUAGUGUGCUGCGCUUCAGUGCUGCACUUCUUUUUACUGCGCUGAGAUCUUUCUUGAGUUUAUUAUCUGUCGGCCGUGAAUGAUUUAUCAAACUGGAGCUUUGAUUUAAAGAUUUGUCACAGUCAGGUAUCUUUAGGAUUCAGUGGCACAUUGACCUGCACAAAACACACAAAACAUCUCAUCUAGGCUUUCUGCAGUAAAGAUGGCAGCCUCUUUGCUCAGGGUAGGACGGCUCGGAUCUCUAAGGUGUCUGCAGACGGAGGGCUUGAGCUCUAUCAGAAGAGCUCCUGCUGUAGCUUUCAGCUCCAAAUCUGGGGACAGCAAGAAGUCCAAAAAGUCCAACAAAGAAAAAGCAGCACCAAAAACUUACUUCGAUAUAGAAAAACUUGUCCAGCACAAAUCAUAUGUGGAAUUCCCCAAGAAGGAGGUUUCAGCUUCGGUUGCUGCUGCCUCUACAGAAGCUGCUUCUGUUGCUGCACCUGAACCAGUUGUAACUGCCACAGCGCCUUCAGCCGAAGCAACUGCUCCCAGAGCUGAAGCCAUUGCCCCCACAUUUGAAGCCAUUCCUGUAGCUGAAGCCGCUGCCCCUGUAGUUGAAGCCACUCCUGUAGCUGAAGCCGCUGCCCCUGUAGCUGAAGCCACUGCCCCUGUGGUUGAAGCCGCUGCCCCUGUAGCUGAAGCCGCUGCCCCUGUAGCUGAAGCCGCUGCCCCUGUAGCUGAAGCUGCUGCCCCUGUAGCUGAAGCCACUGCCCCUGUGGUUGAAGCCGCUGCCCCUGUAGCUGAAGCCGCUGCCCCUGUAGCUGAAGCCGCUGCCCCUGUAGCUGAAGCCGCUGCCCCUGUAGCUGAAGCCACUCCUGUAGCUGAAGCCGCUGCCCCUGUAGUUGAAGACACUCCUGUAGCUGAAGCCGCUGCCCCUGUAGUUGAAGCCACUCCUGUAGCUGAAGCCGCUGCCCCUGUAGUUGAAGACACUCCUGUAGUUGAAGCCGCUGCCUCUGUAGUUGAAGACACUCCUGUAGUUGAAGCCACUCCUGUAGCUGAAUCCGCUGCCCCUGUAGUUGAAGCCACACCUGAAGUUAAAGCAACCCCUGCAGCUGAAGCCGCUGCCCCUGUAGUUUUGGCCACUCCUGUAGCUGAAUCCGCUGCCCCUGUAGUUGAAGCCACACCUGAAGUUAAAGCAACCCCUGCAGCUGAAGCCGCUGCCCCUGUAGUUGAAGCCACUCCUGUAGCUGAAGCUGCUGCCCCUGUAGUUGAAGCCACACCUGUAGCUGAAGCCGCUGCCCCUGAAGUUGAAGCCACACCUGAAGUUGAAGCCACCCCUGCAGCUGAAGCCGCUGCCCCUGUAGCUGAAGCCAUUGAGCCUACACCUGAGGCCACAGUUUGCCCUCCAGAAACCAUUCCUGAAACUGCAUCCCCUGCAGUGGAAGCUGCAGCUCCUGAAGCCCCUGCUGCACCAGCCUCUGAAGAUGCACCUACAGAAGAUGCCCCUCUCCAGGAAGCAGUUGCUGAGGUUGUAGAAGCUGUCAGUGAAGUAGUUGCAGAAGUUGUGGCGGAAGCUUCCCCAGUUGUAGAGGCUGUUGCUGAGGUAGCUGGAGAAUCUAGCCCUGUUGAGGUGGUUGCAGAGGCAGCUCCUGCUGAAGAGCUGAUAGAUCCUGCCCCUGUGAUCUCAGACGCUACUGAAGUUCCAGCAGAAGUUGUGGAGACGCCUGAGGCUGGAUUGGACCCCAUUCAGAAACUUUUCCUGGAUUCAAUUCGCGCAUACUCCACAAAAAGCGGUGCCGCUGGUGGUCUAGUUGAUGCCGGUCCUGAAUAUCAGAAGGCUCUUGCUGAGGAAAUAACUAAACUGCAGCGGUUGUACGGUGGUGGUGAUCUGUCUUCCUUCCCUGAGUUCAAAUUCCCUGAGCCUAAAUUUGAUGAAGUGCCCUCCAAGUAAACUUCUGAUCCUCUCCUGUGCCCCAGUGCAAAUUUGUGAAAGAAGUCUAUUAAAUGACUUUAAUCUGUACAAGUGAAUAUUUUGUGAGACUCUAAAUACUAAAUAGAUAUUUUUCAAAUAUUAUUAUGUCUGAUGGACAAAGCGACCUGUGUUAUGUAUAAUGCACAUGUUGAAAAUGAGCAUAAGCUUAGCUGUGAAAUAAAUGCUUGUUGCUUUUCAUAGUGUUUGUUAGUGUAUAAUAUCUGGGAAAAGAGCAGAAUAAACUGAGCCACGCAUCUUC